UGCUCCGCUUCGCUAACACGAUUUAAGGCUAUGAUCAAGACAUUGUGCUGUGCGGAGGAAGACAUACAACGAUUCCACUGCCAUUGUACUUCAAUUUCGUCGGCUCAAGCGGUUUUAGUCCAUCAGGUUUUGAGUGAAGAGCAGAGUAGGUGCGAGGGUUCUCCUGAGUUCAUUAUUCGUUCCAGUGCCGUUCGCCCAGUAGAGGAAUUUCUCGACGAAGGACGGGUUUGGAGCGAGAGCAAUUUUGGAAUAUAUGGCUUGUGUGGGAGAUUCAUUAGGGCGAGAGGCACAAAAGUUUGUGGGUUUUAGUGAAUGUGGAAGAUUGCUACUGUGGCGAUGGUGAUUUUGUCCGACAAUUCUAGCUGUUUCGUGAAAUUGUUCCAAAUUGCAUUUCAUCUUGCCGUAUUUCUGACUCGAGUUUGCCCAUUUGACCAAUAAGGUUCAAUCAUAAUACCUUCUCAUUCAGAAGGCUUUCUCGAGUUUACACUCGCGUGUUAUUAGUGUUGUCUCUGUAUUGCAUAAUAGCCGAAUUCAAGAAGCAAGUGCGAGAAUGGCAGCAACUGGUGCGAGACCUAGUGGGGGAAAGAAACGCGGCAACGAUGAAAAUAUUGCUAAAGCUGCAGGCGCUGUUGUUGCCGGCGGCAUAGCUUGGAGCUUGUUCAGAUCCAUUACUGGUAGAAGAAAUCAACAGGAUGUGGAUGUUGCGUCGAGCAAUGAUGUGGAACAGAAGGUAGGAGAUACACAAGCUGCUAUUCGAAGCAAAACUCCGCAUUUCGGACACAAGUCAGCUGGCAAGACUGUACAAGUGCGUGACGGCGACACUCUGUGGGGGAUCGCGAGAAAGUACAAUGUUUCGGUAGAUGCGUUGAUGGCAAGUAACGGAAUCAGCGAUGGAGACAGUAUAGUUGUUGGAGAAAUGAUCGUCCUUCCUAAGGCCCUAAAGCCUUAAACUUAGCCCUGACAAGAAAAGUUUUAGAUGUUUUAUGAAACCCUGUAGUAGAGAAUUGUUAGGAUAGCAACUCUACUUGUUGGUGUUUGCACAAAACUUUCGGUGUAGUCUUUUCUGUGGCUUCCAGCUACUCGAGAACAUUUUAUUUUACCUGCAUUGAUAUCAUUAGGUGGUAUAAUAAAGAUACCUUCUAAAGCUGCUGUAAAGCUGUUGAAGCCUGAAUAAGGAAUUCGCUGUCUUCAAACUUGUA